AUGGAAACCAACCAGUCAGCAUCCCGGGCUGCCCGACGCUUCCUUGUCGACCGAGUUCGCGACGACUGGGACUGGCCGAAUGCGCCCGAAUGUUGGUCGGCGUCGGAUGAAGAAGUGCGCGGCGUGAGCGAGUUCAGAGAGCGUUAUUACGGUACCACAUCUUCCUCCGAGCCGGACAGCGAGACUGAUGCCACGAAUCCGUACAAGUUCGACUCACCUGACAGCAUCGGCGCUGCUCUCGAAUCGAAGGCAGAAGCGCGCAAGAGGAAGAGGAGGAUGGCUAUAGAGAGCGAGAUGGCCUGGAAUGAGGGCCUCUCCUGCUUUGUUGUCAGACGAGAUGUGUGGACCGGCGCUGCAGCCGUGAGGAGGUAUGGUACGAAUAGGGCUACGAGGGGCAGCAACGCAACAGACCCUCGAGUGCCGCUGGCCACCCCGAUGCUCGCGAAUAACUCGAUCCGUAAUUCCAUUACGCCUAAGAUAUACUCCGACAUCUACAACAAGAUCGUCGUCUCCUCGCGUACGCCUUCCGUCCCCAUCAACCUCUCCGACAUGACGCGCGCACUGGUGCAAGGAUGGAAAGACAAUGGUGAGUGGCCUCCCAAAGCGGGGCCUUUGGAUCCACUCGCCGGAAGGAAGAGAGCCGCAAUCGUAGGCGUCAAGAUGGACAAAGGCGUGCUACACACAGAGGAGUUUCUAUCCCACCACCCGCAUGUAAAGAAGGGCAUGGACUCAGUCAAGCGCAUGUUGCACCUAAAUGGCCACCAUCAUGAGCAUGGCGCCCCGGAAAACCAUAGAUGA